AAGUUGCACUGCUCGCAUACAGACAGUAACGGGCUGCAGCUUGUCCACUCCGCCGGUUUUCUAUUCACUAAACUAACUUUGGUUAAGUCAACACAGAAACAUGGCGACCGCAACCAUGAGAUACUAUCAGCACAUUUCUUCUAACGGUGAUUUGGUACCGGAUUGGACCACGAAAGAAGUCAGCACCGGGACCACGAUCAUGGCGGUGGAGUAUGACGGCGGCGUGGUGAUCGGUGCGGACUCCAGAACCACAACCGGCGCCUACAUAGCUAACAGAGUGACGGACAAGCUCACUCCGAUCCACGACCGGAUCUUCUGCUGCCGCUCGGGCUCCGCCGCGGACACGCAGGCUAUCGCUGACGCUGUCACCUACCAACUGGGCUUCCACAGCAUUGAGCUAGAUGAAGCCCCAUUGGUACAGACAGCUGCCAGUCUGUUCCGGCAGAGCUGCUAUAGGUACAGAGAGGAGCUGAUGGCCGGGAUCAUCGUAGCGGGCUGGGACAAGAGACGAGGGGGGCAGGUGUACACGGUGCCGGUGGGGGGGAUGCUGGUGCGCCAGCCUGUCUCUGUGGGGGGGUCUGGCAGCACCUACAUCUACGGAUACAUGGACGCACACUAUAGGACGGGCAUGAACCAGCAGGAGUGUCUGGACCUGACUGCAUCUGCCCUGAGCCUGGCUAUGCAUCGGGACGGGUCCAGCGGAGGCGUGGUCAGGCUGGCUGCUAUCUCUGAACACGGCCUGGAGAGAAGUGUGAUCCUGGGGAACCAGCUGCCUCGCUUCUCCAGUGCUUAGACACACACACGCACCUAAACACACACACCUAAACACGCACCGAGCUGUUCACUGUGGAAGCUGUUUUUCAGAUUUGUAUUAAAGAACCAAGUUGUCUUUUCAA